AUGAGCACCGGCACCGGCACCGGCACCGGCACCGAUUACAGCACCGAUAGAGCACCGAUAUCCAGCACCGGCACCGAUUACAGCACCGGUAGAGCACCGAUAUCCAACACCGGCACCGAUUACAGCACCGAUAGAGCACCGAUGUUGAGCACCGAUAGCACCGAUAGCACCGAUAGCACCGAUUACAGCACCGAUAGAGCCCCGAUAUCGAGCACCGGCACCGAUUACAGCACCGAUAGAGCAUCGAUGUUGAGCACCGAUAGCACCGAUUACAGCACCGAUAGCACCGAUAGCACCGACAGCACCGAUUACAGCACCGAUAGAGCACCGAUGUUGAGCACCGAUAGCACCGAUUACAGCACCGAGACACAUGCGCCAACUUUACCAUGA